AUGGAGGAAACCACAUCGAUAUUGUCACCUUCUCAAAGACACGCAGCGGCUGCUUUGUUUGCUCUCGCAUUGAAUCAGUCGCAGAUUCAUCAAGGUCGAUCUCCGGCUACUCCUCGCGGCGGCGGCGAUGAUGCUUCUCCGACCACCGCUCAAACCUCUCCUAGAAUUAACGAUAAUUCCGGUUUGCUUUUCCCUAUUUUUAGGUUCCUUGGAGUGGAUGAACAAGCCUGGCGUGACCUAAAGGAAACUACUGGUUCUUCUUCCCAAUUCAAGCAUAAUUUGAAAGAUUUCUUUAAAUUACUGUCUGAGGAAGGUGAUGCAUCUUCUAAAGGAAGAUUAGAGAAAGAAGCUGAAUUGACCAAUGCCGUUGAUUCAACAGAGGCGGGCAUGAAAAGUACUGCUGAUUCGUUGUCCGGAUACCAUGAGCAGAAAACUAGAAGCCCAAAGAAUUCACCUGAUGCCGAGUUAAAACUAUUCGCUGUAGGUUCUGAGCCUCAUGGUGAAACUAAGGAGAUCUCAACUUUGUUUCCUAUAGAGACACAAUCUUCCACUGCACUUGAAAAUGGAAAACCUUUGGAGGAGGCAUCCAUCAUCAGUUACCAGAGAAAAGUAUCAGUUCUUUACACUCUUCUCUCUGCUUGUGUAGCAGAUACUGCUGAGGUCGACAAAAAGCACUUCAAGUCAAAGCAGGGCUAUGAUGCUCGCCACCGAGUCUCUUUGCGGCUGCUUGCUGUAUGGCUUGAUGUGGAAUGGAAUGAAAUGGAAGUAAUGGAGUCUAUGGUUGCUUUUUCGUUAAUGGAGGCUGUGAGUAAAGCAGGGGAGAAAGAUCAAGAAUCUGUAGUUUCAGAAACAAGUUGGGAUAAAUGGAAGCGUGGAGGUAUUGUAGGAGCAGCUGCUGUGACUGGAGGAACCAUAAUGGCAAUUACCGGGGGCUUGGCUGCCCCAGCAAUUGCCCAUGGAUUAGGUGCUUUAGCCCCUACGCUGGGUGGUAUUAUUCCUGCUGUUGGAGGAGGAUUUGCUGCAGCAGCAACUGUUACAGGAUCUGCUGCUGGAUCUGUAGCCGUUGCUGCAUCAUUUGGAGCUGCUGGAGCUGGCCUUACUGGUAGUAAGAUGGCUACAAGAAUUGGAAGUCUUGAGGAAUUUGAAUUAAUAGAAGUUGGAGGCACUCAGCAAGGUCAUCUAGCAGUUAGGAUCUCUAUUUCUGGGCUUGCAUUCGAAGAGAACGAUUUUAUAAAACCUUGGGAAAGUUACAACGAUAACAUGGAGAGGUAUGUGCUCAAAUACGAAUCUAAAAAUUUGAUUGCUCUAAGCACUGCCAUCCAGGACUGGCUUACUUCAAAAAUUAUGAGCGAGUUGAUGAGAGGAGGUGCCAUGCUGACAGUAUUAAGCACACUCGUAGCAGCGUUAGCAUGGCCAGCAACAUUAGUCACUGCAUUUGAUCUUAUAGACAGCAAAUGGGCAAUUGCAGUGGACAGAUCAGAAAAAGCUGGUAGGGUACUUUCUGAAGUGUUGCUGAAAGGCUUGCAAGGGAACAGGCCUGUGACACUAAUAGGUUUUUCAUUGGGAGCAAUUGUCAUUUUCAAGUGUCUUCAAUUUUUGGCCGAAUCCAAAGAAGACAAUGCUGGACUAGUGGAAAGGGUUGUUCUCCUUGGAGCACCCAUCUCAAUUGAAGAUGAAAAAUGGGAGGUAGCUAGAAAGAUGGUGGCUGGAAGGUUUGUAAAUGCAUACUCUACAAAUGACUGGACACUUGGUUUAGCUUUUCGUGCCAGUUUGCUUUCCAAAGGUUUAGCUGGAAUCCAAGCUGUUGACCUUCCCGGGAUUGAGAAUGUUGAUGUGACCCACAUUAUAGAAGGCCACUCUUCCUAUCUGGGGAUGACACCGAAAGUUCUGGAGCAGCUUGAAUUGGAUAAUUAUUUUCCUGUUUACAAAGGUUAUUAG